AUGGCCGCCGUCGCCGCCGCCGCCCGCAACACCACUGUCCGCCCGUUCCUCGCGGCUCCACUCCGGCUCCGCCAAUGCACUAGGAGGAGGCAUGUGCACAUCAAGGCAACGCCGUCAACGUCAUCCAUCGAUGGCCCGGUGGACCUGUCGGAGCAGACACAGGCAAUCCCGAAGUUGAGCGGGGCGGGGCCCUUCCCGGCUGAUGUGAGGUUUGAGGUCCUGGGAGCUCCGUAUUCUAUGCUGUCGGUAGCUCUGCCGGCUUCCUCAUUGCUGUACUCGAGGAGAGGAACAUUGGUGGGAAUCAAUGGGCAGGCUGAGAAUGCAAUCUCAACGUUAUCGAUUCUGGAGCCCUUCAGAAGGGCAGCUCUACGGAUUCCGUUUCUAUACCAGAAAAUAUCCUCCACCACCCCACUCACAUGUCUAAUAUCCACAAACACCCCCAACACCACCUUCGGCAUCAUAGAGCUCGACGGCAAAGUCGACUGGAUGCUCACCCAAAACGACGCACUCCUCGCCUGGACCGGCCACUCCAUCUCCUCCAAGCCCACCAUCAGCCACAAAAUGAGUCUGGCCCACUGGGGCAACUCCAAGCUCACCGGUCGCGGCCUCGUCGCCCUUAUCGGCCGCGGACAGAUCUACCAGAUCACCCUCAAGCCGGGUGAGGAGUACACAAUCCACCCCAGCGCCCUCCUGGCAUACUCCAUGAACGGCCACUCCCGGCCAACGCCGUAUAGACUCAAGAACACGUCGCUCCGUCUGCAGAUCCCACGCUUCAACAUGGUCCGCCGGUUUCUGCCGGAGGUGGAGUUUAUCCGGAAGAUAAAAGAGUCGGAUGUGUACAAGACCAUUGCCCGAACACUCUUUGGCAUCAAGACAUGGUCACGAAGAACUAUCUGGGGCGACAGGUUAUUCCUCCACUUCCAAGGCCCCAGCACAAUCCUUGUGCAGUCACGGACCGCACGUCUCUCCGAGGUCUUCCGCAAGGAGGAUUUUGGCGAGCUCGCAGACACCGAGCCGGGGCUGCUCCCGUCGCCGAUAGCUACCAAGGCGAUUGAAGCGCCCUCCUCCUCCUCCUCCUCGGAGAAGAUCACGAUCGGCGCGGCGGAUGUGCGGCCGGUGGGUGCGUCAAGUGGUAGGCAUCCGAGUGCGCUGAAGAUUGCGAUUGUGGGCAGGGACGGGAAGACGGAGUUUCAGGAUUCGGACUUUAAGGCUUUUAUAAGGUCGUAG